AGCAGCACAACCACCGAGCCAGAGUGGAUUAAAACAGCGUGCGUGCGCGGAAAGCCACACGAUAACCGACCGUGUAACCAAUUCGGAAAUCCCGACGUGCAAUUGCAAGUCCGUUACACCAGUUUGCAGCUGCGAAACAGCAAAGGAAAGGCUGUUAGUUAACUCAGUUGGUGCCGUGCAUUGUGUGUCAGGCAGGGAGAGCUCGGCGGGAAUGGCUUCAUCUCCGUGCGGCAACAGUAACUUUGAUUCCGGUCUGGAAAUCAAAACUCGCUCGGUGGAGCAGACGCUUAUUCCUCUAGUAUCGCAGAUCACCACUCUGAUCAACCACAAAGACAAGCCAAAGAAGUCGGAGCGCACCCUGGUAGCCAUACACAGGGUGGGCCAGGCAGUGAGCGUGGCUGUGGGACGCUUUGUCGCUGUCGGGGAGGCCAUCGCCACAGAGAACCAAGAGCUCAAGGAUGAGAUGGGUCAAGCCUGCUUCGAGGCACGCAGAGCAGGUGAUGCCAUAGCCCAGCUGACAGAUGUGGGAUCAGCCUUGCCGUCCCAGACAGACGGACGUGUCACAGUGUUCAGUGAUAGGACAGGGAUGGUGAAAGCUGCCCGCUUGCUCCUCUCCUCAGUCACUAAAGUCCUGGUUCUAGCUGACCGCAUCGUCAUCAAACAGAUAAUCACAUCACGCAACAAGGUCCUGGUUACCCUCGACCAUCUGGAAAGAGUCAGCACCUUCCAGGAAUUUGUACAGAUUUUCAGCCAGUUUGGCAAUGAGAUGGUGGAGUUUGCCCACCUCACCGGGGACAGACAGAACGACUUGAAGGAUGAGAAGAAGAAGGCACGGAUGGCAGCAGCCAGAGCAGUGCUGGAGAAAUGCACCAUGAUGCUGCUCACAGCCUCCAAGACUUGCCUGAGGCACCCGGAUUGCGAGUCGGCACGGAUCAACAAGGACGCCGUGUUCCACCGGAUGCGCUGUGCCUUGGAGCAGGUCAUCGAGAUAGUCACCGAGGCGCGGAGCUGCGGGGAGAACAAGAUCCUUCCUGCCAGCAUCUAUAAUGGCAUCAAGGACUUCAAGUCCAGCGUGGAGUGCCUGCGGGAGAACCUGUACUCCCUGUCCCCCCAGGGCAUGGGCAGCCAGCUGGAGGCGCUGGUGGAGCGGACAGAGGAUUUCACUGAUUCGGCCUAUACCAGCCACGAGCAGCGGCAGGCCAUCCUAGGUCUGUGCCAGCUGGCGCGCCAGGACACUCAACAGCUGGUGCAUGCCUGGGUUGAGGCGCAGUCUGUCCAUGCCAAAGAAGCCACAGAGGACAUGGAGGUGGCCAUCCUGAAGACAUGCCAGAGCGUCAGUGACCUCAGACGUGAGCUCCAUAAGGUGGCAGUCGUUCGUGCCUCUGACUUGCUUAAAGUUCACGGGGAGCAGUUGCCUCUUCGGGCUCUCAAAGCAGCAGGCGCCGAGGGAAACCUGGAGGCAGUGGCGGAGUAUUCACACACGCUUACCGAGCAGAAGGAGCAGCUGGUGGAGACGUGUCGGCUGCUGUGCCAUGUGUCGGGGACAGAGCCACUGGAGAUUACCUGUAUACAUGCUGAGGAGACCUUCCAUGUCAUUGGUCCACAGAUCAUCUCAGCAGCCCAAACGCUGGCCCUCCACCCGUCCAGUAAGAUCGCCAAGGAGAACCUGGAGGUGUUCUGCGAGGCCUGGGAGUCGCAGCUCUGUGACAUGGCGCUGCUGCUGAGAGAGAUCAACGACGUCUUUGAAGGCAGGCGAGGAGACAAAAGGCCUUAUUUGUCACUUCCCAGACCCGGGAAACACUCAGCUAACUUGAAGACUGCCAAGGCUGUCAAGUUGGAUGCAGAGGAGCAGACAAGUAUGGCCAAGCUGGGUUUGGAGCUCCGUCUGCUGUCAUCAGACGUGGACACAGAGGUGGAGAAAUGGGAGGAACAGGAGCAUGACAUCGUCCGACAGAGCCAGAGCCUGGCCAGUAUGGCCUACAACAUGCACCUGUUCACCAGAGGGGAGGGGCUGCUGAAAACAACACUAGAUCUUUUUCAUCAAGCCGAGGUUCUUUCUGAGGAGGGGCUCCAGCUGUGCUCGUCUCUUCGUACUUUUUCCACUCAGCUGGUUGACGAGGAAAAGACUGUGGUGAUGACAGAGAUGGAGAAACUGGUGGCAUUGUGCCAACAACUGCAGAUGGGGGCCAAGACUCCUGUACAGGGCAAGACUGCCACCUUCCAGAAGGUGGACUCAUCCAUUCAGACAACCAGAGGUAUCUUGACUGUGGUCCUGUCCCUGCUCCCACUCUGCAACAAGCUCAACAGAAAGUACAAGUCAGAGCGGAGUAGCCUGGGUUCCCCGCAGGACUGGAGAGAGAGGCAGGAUGCGUCCACACCAGUCAAAGAGGAGGGAGCUCUCAACGGAAAGAACAGCAACGGCUUUAGUGUCAAAUCCUUGGAGCAGCACAUGGCCGGCCUCAACCUCCUGGAGAGCAAAUAAUUCAGCAGUCACCUCCUUUGUCCACUAUCCUCCCUCGGAGCAGCACAUAGCCAACCUCACAACUCCUGAGAACAAAUAAACCAGGAAAUACUUCACUCCUCUCAUCCUCAUGCACCCACCAGAGAGUGGGCUAGAGCAGCGUGGUGAAGAUUGUCGCCUCGGGUCACUCAGAGUUUGUAUUUGCUGUCUGGGUGACGACGUGUGAAGUUUACUGAGGAAAAAGCAGAUCCAAGCUCACUGUGCCCAGGGGCAGAUUAAACCCAGGGUUACUUGUUAUGGAAAACACCAGUUCCACCCCAGUCCACAAGAUGGAGACAAUCAGCCAACACACAUGUGACUUUGCCAUUUACAGUGAGCCUCCUCAAAGGGAGAGAGGGCCCGACACUAACCUGACCAGAAAUCAGGGAAGACCUCCUCCUAACGCUCAGCCAUACAUCUGUCUUCACCAUGUGCCUCUGUGUAACAAGCCUGUUUGCUUUGUGUUGUACUGUAAACGUGUUGCACAUGUUAGCCAAAACGUGUUGGAGAGAAAAUACAGUUAAAUGGCUGAAAACCCACCAUGCAUGACGCCAUCAUCACCAAACCGUUGUGUUUGAGUCUCUUAUGCUCAGUGUGUCAUAGGUUUGUAAUAUUAACACUUGUUCUGUAAUAUUAGACAUAGUGGUACAUUUUGUCCUCAAUCACUGGCACUGUACUCAUCUUACUUCGACAAAUAAGUAUUUUAAAAGUCUACCACGUCAUAUGAUUAAUGACUACUUUCCAUACAGUUUGCCAUGGAAUGUUAGCCAUGUUAGUAACAAAAUGCAAAAAUCACAAAUUUAAUGCCAAAUAUGAUUGUCGUCAGGAAGACGCUCUGGUCUUCAGCUUGCUACUAGUGUGAAAUAUUUAGCUCUUACACUUCCAGUGUCCAAAACUGGAGACUUGUUUUUAUUUGGGCCUGAUUUCUCCAAAACGUCAGAUGAUAAAGAUGCUUUUGGGAUGUCAGGAUUUUACUUUAUACAGUCCUGUUAUUAAAUCAUAUUGUGUGUAUAGUUAUACUCAGACAUUUUUUCCUCACAAAAGAAAUGAGAGAUAACUCUGAACUGGCACGUGUCAGAUGGAGCCUUGAAGUGUACUUGUAAUGAAGACUAUCAUUGUGAAGCUGCCUUGUAGGCCAAUAUGUAUUAAAUGGUAUAUGGUAUGUAUAAUAUGGUACUUGAAGCAUAGAUAUAUAAAUAUAUAUAUAUAUAUACAUAUACAGUGUGUAUCCUAAGGUACUAGGUGAGGGUGUGACGAUGACUGAGAUGAGUAACACAUAUUAAGCUUUAGAGACGCUUUGUACAGUGCAAGAGCAGCUAAGGAUGCUGGGUGGUGUAGUGGCGCUACAGAUGUGAAGAAAUCAUAGAUCUAGUUUUGGACCAUCUAUUCUUUUGACAGUUCAAAGGUAAUAAA